AUGGGUGACCUCUCAGCUGUGCGGGAGAGAUGUGCGAAGGGGGCUGCCACUUGGAAGCUGUUGCAGGGGGAUUCUCUGGAGCUGAGCUGCAGGGCUGCCUCUGCAAAGGUGACAUUAGAGCCGAGCCAAGCCGUGGUGUUGGACUGUAACCUGGCUUCUGUCGAGCAGUUGAUCAAUAUCACGUGGAAGAAGAAUGGGUUCCCAUUAGUGGAGCAGGAGCACCUUCGUGUGCUUCCAAAUGGAUCACUCUUCAUAUCGUCCCCGGCUGCUGCUAAGGAGAGUAAAUAUCCGGAAGGGACUGCCGCAGAGGGUUUAUCACGUUUUUUUCAACAGCCAGAGUCUCAGACAGUGGAAGAAAAUGGUAUGGCCCGAUUUGAGUGUCGGAUCGAAGGAUUGCCCUCCCCUGUCAUCACCUGGGAGAAGGAUCAAGUGGCUGUUCCUGAAGAGCCCAGGUUUAUAACUCUUCCCAAUGGCAUCCUCCAAAUCAUAGAUGUGCGGGAAAGCGACGCUGGGGGCUAUCGCUGCGUAGCGACCAACGCAGCACGGAAACGCUACAGUGACGACGCUAUUCUUAGCGUCUUAAAAGGUUCCCAACCAGCAGUGACUCAAGAUGUCGCAAUUGUUGCUGCUCCAGAGAACACCACAGUGGUAGUUGGAGAGAGUGCAGUCAUGGAGUGCAUGGCCUCUGCAGAUCCCACCCCAUUUGUCUCUUGGAUACGACAGGAUGGAAAGCCUAUUUCCACGGACGUGAUUGUGUUAGGCCGGACCAACCUCCUAAUUCCUCGGGCCCAGCCCCAUCACUCUGGCGUGUACGUCUGUCGGGCGAACAAACCCCAGACCAGGCAGUUCGUUACAGCUGCGGCUGAGCUCAGCGUCCUUGCACCUCCCAGCAUCUCCCAGUCUCCUGAAACUAUUUCCCGCACCCGCGCCAGCACUGCCAGGUUUGUCUGCAAAGCAGAAGGGGAGCCCGCCCCCAUCAUCCACUGGCUGAAGAACGGAGAGCCCAUCCUGUCCAAUGGCCGGGUGAAAAUUCAGAGCAGUGGCAGCCUGGUGAUCAACCAGAUCGGGCUGGAGGAUGCCGGCUAUUACCAGUGUGUGGCGGAGAACAGGCUGGGGAUGGCAUGUGCCACGGCCAAGCUCUCGGUCAUUGUGCGGGAGGGCUUGCCGAGUGCUCCCAAGAAGGUGUCAGCCGUCUCCCUGUCCAGCACCACUGUCUUAGUGUCCUGGGAGCGUCCAGAGUACAACAGCGAGCAGAUCAUUGGCUUUUCCCUGCAUUAUCAGAAGGCCCUGGGAACUGAUAAUGUGGAAUACCAAUUUGCUGUCAAUAAUGAUACCACUGAGCUUCAAGUGAAAGACCUGGAACCCAAUACCAAUUAUGUUUUCUACAUGGUUGCGUACUCCCAGCUAGGAGCCAGUCGGACGUCCUCUUCCAUUAUCGUGCGGACACUGGAGGACGUUCCCAGCGCUGCUCCUCAGCUGUCUCUGUCGAGCAUGACCCCGGCCGACAUCAGAGUGACGUGGCUGCCUCUCCCUCCGGAGCUGAGCAAUGGGAAGAUAACGAAAUAUAAAAUUGACUACUGCACCCUCAAGGAAGCAGAUCAGAUCUCCUCCACCGAGGUGGGUGCGAAUGAGACACAAAUCACCCUUGAGUCGCUCCAUCCCAAUAAAGUCUACAAAGUGCGCAUUGCAGCCAGCACCAGUGCAGGGUAUGGCACCCCUUCGGAGUGGACGCAGCAUCGUACUCCUGACAAGGACAACCAAACGCAUGUUCCGUUUGCCCCGACAGAAUUAAAAGUCCGAGCGAAAAUGGAAUCCCUCCUGGUCACGUGGCAGCCCCCAGCCAACCAUGCCCAGAUUUCAGGCUACAAGCUGUACUACCGGGAGGUGGGCACGGAAGAGUCAAGUGACGAAAACCCCUCGGAUGGCACGGAAGAGGAGAGCUGGGAUGUGGGGCCCAUAAAGCUAAAGAAGAAAGUGAAGCAGUAUGAAUUAACUCGACUAGCCCCGGGGAGACUCUAUGAGGUGAAGCUGGUGGCAUUCAAUAAGCACGAAGAUGGCUACGCGGCUGUAUGGAAGGGCAAAACGGAAAAGGCACCCGUGACCGCAGUAGACCCUCCAGUUCAGAAGGGCCCCCCACUGCCCCCAGCCCAGGUCUAUGCAGAGUCCAACAGUUCGACCUCGAUUUGGCUCAGGUGGAAGAAACCAGACUUCACGACGGUCAAGAUCGUCAAUUACACCGUGCGGUUCAGCCCUUGGGGACUGAAAAACGCCUCUCUUGUCACUUACUACACCAGUUCUGAUGAAGGUAUUCUCAUCAGCGGAUUGAAACCUUACACUAAGUAUGAGUUUGCAGUCCAGUCUAACGGAGUUGGGAUUGACGGACCGUUCGGCAGCGUGGUGGAGAGGUUCACCCUUCCUGACCGGCCGUCGACGCCACCGUCCGACCUCAGGCUGCAUCCAAUCAACCCGUACGCCGUGCAGGUGCAUUGGUGUCCUCCAGUCGAACCCAACGGCAUCAUCGUGGAGUAUGUCAUCCUGUACAAUGCAAACAACACUCAGCCCGACGACAUGUGGACUCUGCUGAGGAAAGAAGGAAAUAUUUUCAGCACCGAGGUGCGUGGCUUGGAGAGCAACACCAGGUAUUACUUCAAGAUGGGAGCAAAGACCAUUGUAGGAUCUGGGCCGUACUCGAACGUAAAGGACGUGCACACGCUUCGCGAGAAGCUGUCAGAUGUUCUGGAUGUCCACUCGGUCACCGGGAUCAUCGUGGGAGUCUGCUUAGGUCUCCUCUGCAUACUCUUCUGUAUGUGUGCCAGUUUCCGCAGCAGCAAGCAGAGGGAGGCUCUGCCAGGCCUGGAUUCUCAAGCAGCCGGGAAUCACAGCUCCUGUCACCGGGGCAGGCAGGGACCGCCCAGGCCCAGCGCCAAGUCUGAUUCUCAUGAGCUGGAGUCCCUCAUGUCCCCGCUCGCUGAAGAGGUUCCCUUGCCCCUGAUGGACAUCACGGAGCUGACGGAAGUGCACAGCCUCAUCCACACCAGCCUUCCGGAUGACGGCAUCCACGGGAUAAGAAAGUCUACAUGGAAUAAAUCAAUUAAUCAGAACUGGACAAGUAGCAUAGCCAGAUGUGGAGAUGCCAUUACAAAAGAGCCUACUGCUGCUGUGAAUGGUACACUGAAGCCGCCUUCUAAUGCAGGACAAAAGCUUUUGCUACAAGCCCUGGUGUACAAUGCUGUUACGAAUGAAGUGAUGAAAAAUCAACCACCCAUCAGCCUCCAUCAAGUGGAAGCCGAGAUCAUCGUCCAUUCCGAUUUCUCAGCCUCUGACAGAGACUCUCCGCUUCACACGCUGGACGCUGAAGAAAUGGAUCCUGAGGAUCACAACCCAGAAAACGACCCCUCUGAUGAGCAGCCCCUUCACACCUCCGCAAACGCCAAGCAGAAUGUCAGCAAAGCAUUAGUGGACUGCCAAGGCAAACCUGAGCUUCAGACCCAGGAUGCCCUGUUAAGUACUGACAGAAAGACUAACAAAAUGGAAGCUGUCGGCCCUCUUGGGCUCACCAAUGGCUUCCACAGGCACGGAGAAAGUCUGGACUCUAUGGAAAGCGGGGAUUCGGACUGUCUUCAAGAAGGCAGAGGGAACGUACAGCCAGUCAAGUGCCAAGCUUUUCCCACAGGCCAGCAGGACGCCCCUCUGUGUAGUAUCUCUGCGCUAAUCAAUUCAUCCUCAGCAUCUGAGAACGUGACGCGUGUCCAUAACCAUUAAAGAGGAAAUUAAUCUGAUUUUGACCAUGGGAGAGCUAGAAGAAGUAGGUGUGAGUUACUGGGGGCCAGAUCCGGAGAGAUACUGUGUGCCCUCAUCUUGCGGUGAAUUCGAUGGGGGAAAGAGGGUGCUCAGUACCUCAAAGGCUCAGGUUCCUGGACAGGUGAACAGCCCUAAAUAUACACGAAAUAAAUCAAUAUGUAGAUUGCCGUGGGCCCAAUUCAACUCCCAUUGAAGCGCCUAAAACAGAACCUUCAGCCUGUGCCAUUGUUUCCUUUUAUUCCAUGAUGGGGCGUGCCGGGACAUUUUUCACGGUGGAAAGAGGGAGAAUACAUUAAGCGUAUCUUCCCCAAUGUUGCUCUUCGCCAGGGAGGGACCCAGCCUUGCCUAGCCCUCUUCAGCUUUGCGAUGCGUUUUGCGAAGCAGGCACCCAAAGGGGUUGAAACAAACGCCAGCCGAAAGGUAAUUAGCCGUAACCAGUGGCCUUCUCCGCUCGCCCAUGGUUAAAAUGAUUUUAAUAAUCCCUUUGUACACUACCCCAGUAAAUAUUACUAGCAGGCUGAUGUAGUGGCCUUUUAUUACACACUCUGCGAGUGCCUCUAACAACUUGUAUUAUAUAGAACCUUCUCCAGCAUCUCGGUCACUUCACCAAGCUGGACUUUGUGUUAUGUAGGUUCUUGUACCUAUCGUUUUAGGUACGUCUCUCUCCUUUUAAUGUACGACAAUGUAUUUUUAUUUCCUCGGAGCAUCUUUAUAUUAUUUAAUUUUAUAAAGUGGAGUAGAGUGUGGUAUAGAGUAGCAUUUUUACUACUUCUCUCUUUAUUUUUUUCCUCCUUAACAACACAACUACCUCAUGUCUGUUGGAGAAAAAAAAAAGCAGUAGAUUGACUCUUUUGUUAUAGUCCAUUUUAGUUUUUAACUUAUUCUUAUACUGCCUUUUUCUAAAGAAUAUGUUUGCACUGGUUGUUGACUAUUUUUUAAUGAAUAGUGCUGCAGGUCUGAAGUCUUGCUCUUUGUUUUGUUUCUUUGGAAUCCGUUACGGCAGGACCACCUGCCCUAAGACUGGCGCGUCGGGUGUGUUUGGCCGUAUAACCAUGUGCUUCACAAAAAGGCCAUCUCAGAUGGGGCUAUGGUUAGCAGCGUUUUGUUUUUACGGGACGUUUUCAAACGGGAUUUGGGGAGCAUCAGUUUGUUAGGACCCAACUUGAGACAGAAUCAUAGAAUAUCAGGGUUGGAAGAGACCUCAUGGAGUCCAGUCCCCUGCUCAAAACAGGACCAACACCAACUAAAGAGACACUUUAAAGAGGCCAGACUGCCUGAGGGUGGGUACUCAACAGUUUCUGAAAAUCGGAUCCCUUUAAAGUGGCUCAAAUUCGGCAGCCAAAAUCACAAGUCGCUUCUGACAAUCUUGGCCAAACUGGAUUUUUAGGCUGGGUGUAGCCUUCGAGCGGGGGCGUCCGCUUCCCUGCUCGAGGAGACUGACUUACUCAGAGACGACCCGUGCCUGCGAUAGUGGGGGGCAGAGUGAGGGCAGCCGGCUUCAACAAUGUUACUGAGCAUGCUCCAUUCGUGUGAGCAUGCUCAAUACAAGCCAAGCCGCAGAUCUGGGCGGGGGAAAGGGGGCAUAUGAGCCUUCCGCCACGCAUCACCUCUGCUUACACUAGCUGCCAUAAAGCUAGCGCCCUAAAAAUGGAGUGUAGCCACGGGCGGGCGAGCUGUGGGAGGGGCUAGCCUUCCCGAGUACAGACCAAUGGCGCGUACUCGCGUAGCUAGCCUGUUGCACCGCACUCCGCUCCAUUUUUAGCAUGCUAGGUUGAUGGGCCGUCUCCUCACGCUGGGAUUCGCACUCGGCGCGAGGACAUCCCCUUAAAAGGACAGUGCCACGUUAACAAAAACCGUUCGUUCUUGUUCAAAUAGCACCUUGAAUGAUCACAGACAGACUUUAAGUAAUCUCAUUUACUCUUCAUUAUCUAGGCUGUUGACUGAGGGCAUUUCUCUCCGCUUGACCCAUUGAAAAGAAUUUCCCUUAAUUCCUACCCUGUCUCGGGUCGCUUUCAGAUUCUCAAAAUGCAGCUUUGAAUAGCGAACACUGCAGACUGGGCCAAAUCCUGAGAGGUGCUGAGGAUCUGCACUUCCCAUUGAAUUCAUUGGAGAUUGCGGGUGCUGAGCAGAUGCUCAGCAUUUCUUCGGAUUUAGCCAAAAAAAAACCCCAAACCCUGCUUCCAUUGGAAUUAGCCAGAAAAAUAUCAUGGAGAGCCUUUGUGUUGAUCUGAGGCUUUGUAAAAAGUUUUUACAUCUCAGUCCAGAUUGUGAUACAGGAUCACCCUUGCGAGCAAAGGGUAACCUUGUACUCCACAGGCAGCCCUGUUAGCUACUCAGAUACCCAGGGGUGGCUCCAGGCACCAGCGCUCCAAGCACGAGCCUGGGGUGAC